AGCGGGAAGGCGAGGGACGAGGCGGCGGCGGCGCCACCACAGCAAGGGAGGAGGAGGACAGGAUGGCGGACAACGACCCUCAGAGCGCCAGGGAGCUCUCUCAGUUCGAUUCUUUUCUUCUCACUGUACUCAACCUUUUCCCUCUUCCAUUCCUCAGCUGACUCAUGUGAGAAAGAUAAAGGAUGUGGAAACCUAAAAUAUUCCAUCGUAUGAAGGCAGAAAAUCUACUACAACAGUUACAGGAAAACUUUCAAGCACUAGCGGACAAAUUACUUCUAAGAACAGAUGAAAUGGGUGAUCGCAUAGAUGAUUUAGAGAAGCAUGUUACUGGACUAAUGGCACAAGCUGGGAUAGAAAACACCAGUGAAGAACUAACGCAUUGACGAGGAAGACAUGAAAAUGACAAAAAACCUACACUACUUGGAACUGAUUAACUAUCUUUCUAUACCACAGCAAUGGCUAUAGUGAAAAAAAAUCAAGCAGAACAUGUGAAAUCACUUGCAUUAUUUCUCUAAUGAAGGUAACAUUUGCUCUUAAA